AUGUGCGGCUUCACAAGCCUCGUCGACGCAAAGGCUAUCCACACCACAGUCGUCAUCGGCGCAGCAUAUACCAGGGUGCUCUUGCGCAACACAGUCAUCGUCAACACACACUUGGCCCUGCCCGUCCACACCGCAGUGGCUCGGACAGCUGCCUACACAGGAAGAACUGCAGGAUGCGGCAUCGUCGCCAACGGCAGGGCGGGAGACAGUGCGGCCCCGUGUAUCUAA